CUUCAUCCCAGUCUUCAUCCCUUAACUUUAUCCAUCAUGGCUGAGAAUAAGCUGGCCUCCAUUGGGAAGAUGCUGCUGAGGCGUCGCAUGCUGGACACCUCUCAGGACGAGACCCGCUUCGCUCGCUGUCUCACCACUCUUGACCUCAUAGCCCUCGGGGUCGGGGCCACACUGGGUGCAGGGGUCUAUGUCCUGGCUGGGGAAGUGGCCCGAGAGAAGGCUGGACCUGCCAUCGUGCUUUCUUUCCUCAUUGCGGCAUUGUCGUCUGUCCUCGCUGGUUUGUGCUACGCCGAAUUUGGCGCACGUGUUCCCAAGACGGGGUCCGCUUACCUGUACAGCUACGUAACAGUUGGUGAAAUAUGGGCCUUUAUUACGGGAUGGAACCUCAUUCUGUCAUACGUGAUUGGCACAGCCAGUGUGGCACGGGCUUGGAGCUCAACGUUUGACAAUCUAGUGAACAAAACCGUCUCUGAUUUUUUCACUGAUUACAUGUCGUUUCCAGACACUGGAGAAGUGUUAGCCAAGUAUCCAGAUGUGUUUGCUCUCAUCCUGGUCAUAUUGCUCACUGGAUUAUUGGCAUUUGGAGUGAGUGAGUCUGCACUUGUCAACAAGAUCUUCACAGGAAUCAACCUGGUGGUUCUGAUGUUUGUUAUUAUAUCGGGCUUUGUGAAAGGCGACACUGCCAACUGGAGCCUCACUGUGGAGGACUACAUUAACAGCACAAACAACUACAAUCCAGAGAAAAUUGAAAAAGAGUUUGGCUCGGGUGGUUUUGCACCAUUUGGUGUCAGUGGAAUCCUAACUGGUGCUGCUACUUGUUUCUAUGCAUUUGUGGGUUUUGACUGCAUCGCAACCACAAGUGAGGAGGCAAAAAACCCCAAGCGUUCCAUCCCGAUCGGCAUAGUGGCCUCUCUGCUCAUCUGCUUUUUCGCCUACUUCGGAGUGUCAGCAGCGCUCACACUCAUGAUGCCCUAUUACAAGCUGGAUGUUCAUAGUCCCCUUCCAGAGGCCUUUCAAUAUGUGCAAUGGGGCCCCGCUCGCUAUAUAGUAGCGGUGGGGUCUCUGUGCGCCCUUUCCACCAGCUUGUUAGGCUCCAUGUUCCCUAUGCCUCGUGUGAUUUAUGCCAUGGCUGAGGAUGGUUUGCUUUUUCGCUCCCUCUCCCGCAUGCACAAGAAAACCAAGACACCUGUGCUGGCCACCAUUGUGUCUGGCAUCGUAGCAGCUCUGAUGGCCUUUCUGUUUGAUCUUGCCGCAUUAGUGGACUUGAUGUCAAUUGGGACCCUGCUGGCAUACACUCUAGUUGCUGUGUGUGUACUCAUUCUCCGGUACCAGCCAGGCAGUCUUGGUUCCAGAGGUGUGAAUGAGAAGCCGAUGGAACUGCAGAGGCUGGAGGCUAAAGGAGGCAUGGCAGAUGUGGAUAGUGGGGAUGAGUACAGCCAGGACCUGGAGACAACACCCCUUAAAGAGAGGUUUUCCUUCAGGAUGCUGGUGCAGCCCAUCCGUGACGUACCCACCAAGAUGUCGGGCAUCAUUGUUUAUGCUGCAACUGGCACCAUAUCGGUGCUGUUCACUCUGCUGUGUGUGGUGCUGGCAGUGUUCGUGGAGCAGGUGGGGAUGGGCAGCCCUUUUUAUAUCACUUUGGUUGUUCUCCUGUCUCUUCUGUCUUCUGUCUGCAUCCUCAUCAUCUGGCGACAGCCCCAGAGUAAAGAGGUUCUCACUUUCAAGGUGCCUUUGCUCCCUAUUCUGCCAUUGGUCAGUAUCUAUGUGAAUAUUUACCUCAUGAUGCAAUUGGAUGGAACUACAUGGAUUCGUUUCGCCGUAUGGAUGGUUAUUGGCUUUAUCAUUUAUUUUGCAUAUGGAAUAAGGCACAGCUCUGAGGGUAAAAACAAUUCCACAGAAAAUUUUGAGCCCAUCCUUCAAGCCAAGAAACCAGUCUACCUGACUGAAGAUGAGAGUGAACACGAGAGGGCCACACCUUAAGAAGCUCAACUGGAUUGGUAUGCCGGCAACGUCACAACCGGUUUUAGAAAAUGCUGCAGUAUCACUUUAUAAUGCACCUUAUAAUCCUUCAAUAAGUCUGCAUCGAAAACAGACAGUUCAGUAGGAGAUAUGUGUAUUUCUUACUAAUUGUUUAUCUUGUGUCAGUACAUGAUGGUACUGAAACAGUGUUACUUAUGUAUGUCUGGGCUUCACUAGUGAAAGAUUUCAGUCUAGUCCUACAUGUACUUUGUAUGCACAUGUUGUUUUCAGAGGUGUGGCAAGGUGUCUACCUGUGAGUGGUCAUUUUAGGGUGCCUCCCUCCUCACACAAUGAAUGGGAAUAUGUUAUUGAAAGGCUUUGUUUAGACAGGGAGCAAAAAUCUCAUUGGGCGUGCCCAAAUCAAGGUUUUUUUUUAUUAUUAAUGUAUGUUGCAAUCUUUGUGCAAUGUCCUUCGUGUCCACAUUUACUCGUAUAGCACACUGUGUCACAUUUGCGAUGUAGUAAAAGUGACUGGUUGCACAAUGAUGUUCUCUCAUGAGCUCAGCACUGCAGUGAGAUGUCAAGGUGGACAUGAGCAAAGGCAAACUUAUGCUUUUCUUUCCUCUCUUUCCACCCUGAGA